AUGUUGUCCAAUUACAAAUCCAAGAUCCAAGGAAAGACGAUCAAGCGCCUUCUUUCCGCAAGCUGCGCUAUUUCCUUCCUACUAUACGGUUACGAUGCAGGAGUCCUUGGUGGAGUCCAGGAGACCAAGCCUUUCCUUCAUGCCAUGGGAAACCCUACCGGAACCUAUGUCAUCCCGAUGAUAGCCUCAGCAUACACUCUUGCCGCUACAGUCUGCUCGCUUGCAGUUACCGUUAUUGGCAUGCCUCUUGGUCGACGCAAGUGCAUCCUUCUGGGAAACGCGUUUGUUGUGGUUGGUGGUAGUCUCCAAGCUUCAGCUUGGUCUGUCCCUCACAUGAUAGUUGGUCGUAUUCUUUGUGGCAUUGGUAUUGGUUUCAUCUCCUGUUCGAUCCCUACCUAUCAAGCUGAAAUGAGCACGGAACAAGAAGAGCGAGGGCCCGCUGUCGCGGUUACAUGUGUUUUCUUGGUCGCAGGUGCUGCUCUCGCGUAUUGGAUUGACUUUGGAUUCACACGCAUGGAUAACCAGAUCUCUUGGCGCAUUCCCAUCGCGUUUCAAGUCGUUUUUGCCCUCCUCGCUGGUGGUAUCAUGCUGCUCCUCCCAGAUACUCCUAGAUGGUACUACGCCAGAGGUUUAGAGGCUGAGGGAGACAAAACUUUGUGCCAGAUUUUCGACGCUGAGAUCCACGACGAGAGAGUACAGAACGUGAAGAGCUCUAUUCUUACCAACAUCGCCUUUGAAUCACAGAACGAGAGAGGCUUCAAUCUCUUGGAUCUCUUUUGGGACUCCAGCGACCUUCGAGUUGGACGCCGUAUCCGUAUUUCUUUCCUUAUAUUGGCAAUCCAGCAGAUGAUGGGUAUCAAUCUUUCUGUCUACUACAGCACCGUCAUCUUCGCACAGGUUGGCCUAUCACCAUUCAUGGCUCAGCUACUGGCUGCCAUUAUGAACACCGCUUUUGCCCUUGGUACCAUUCCGCUGGUUUACACUGUCGAGAAACUUGGUCGGCGAAGCAUUCUACUGUGGUCCGCCAUUGUCUUGACAAUUUGCAUGGUGAUCUUUACCGCAAUGAUUGGUCUGCCUAACCGAACACUCGCUACUCAAUGGACGGCUGUUGGUGCAAUCUUUAUCUAUAACAUGGUGUUUGGUUAUGGAUGGAUUGGAAUCUGUUGGCUCUAUGGUCCAGAGAUCGCGCCCCUCAAGCUUCGACAUGCCGGUGCUGCUGCUGGAGCCUUCGGUGAAUGGCUCUUCUCCUUCAUCACGGUGUUUGCUGGCGGCAUUGCCCUCCAGAAGGUUGGUUGGAAGAUCUGGAUCUGGAUGGCCUUGUCUUGUUUUGCCGCCAUCUUCUUUGUCUAUUUCAUGUGCCCUGAGACAACCGGAAAGACCCUGGAGGAGAUUGAUGUGCUUUUUGCAAAGGAAGAGAUCAAGCACACUAUCCUGGCCGAAGAGCUCGUGAUGCAGAGCCAUGCAAAAGCUGAAAAGGGGGAAAUGUUAUCCUCGCACGUUGAGAACUCUUAG